GGCAAGCAUGAGUUAAGCAUACUAAACUGCAUCAGGUGCUCAGACCUUGAACGGACAUUGCUUUCGUUCCAGUUUAGCAGGUUACUUCAAAGGCUGUAAAACUAUCAGUCUUCUCCGAGUUAAUUCAUCCCUUUCUUUGCCUGUCAUGAUGCAGAGGUUCAACAAAUCUAAAACAUCCAAGCAUUCUCAGAAAUCCAGAUGGAGCAGUGAAAGGAGAGCCAUGAUGCGGGGGCAGGUUGGGGCCAAGCCCAGGAGACAAGCUUUACGGGGAGCUGGAUACCUGUUUCGAGCUCAGUCUUCCCCCUGCCUUUCUGUGACUGAGGAGGUUUUUCUAGAAUCUGCAGAGUAUGGCAAUAUUCCUGAAGUGAGGAGGAUGCUCGAGGAGCUUCCACACCUGAACAUAAAUUGUGUAAACUACAUGGGUCAGAAUGCACUACAGCUGGCUGUUGCCAAUGAACAUUUAGAAGUUACUAAGCUUCUGCUUAAGGAGAAAGAUCUUGCUAGAAUAGGGGAUGCUUUGCUGUUAGCUAUCAGUAAAGGUUACAUUCGCAUAGUAGAGGCCAUAUUGAGCCAUGAAGCCUUUGCAGACGGCCAGAGACUGACGAACAGCCCCAGCCAGGCAGAGACACAUGACAACUUUUUUUCUUAUGAUGAGGAUGGUGCACGUUUCCCUCAUGACAUCACUCCCAUCAUCCUGGCUGCCCAGUGCCAUGAGUAUGAAAUAGUUCAUAUACUUCUUUUGAGAGGGGCCCGUAUAGAGCGACCCCAUGACUACUUCUGUCAGUGCAUGGCCUGUAUUGAGCAUCAGUGGCAUGACUCUUUUAGCCAUUCACAAUCCCGCAUUAAUGCAUAUAAAGGUCUAGCCAGUCCAGCAUAUCUUUGCCUUUCCAAUGAAGACCCUGUGAUGGCAGCUCUGGAACUAAGCAAUGAACUUGCAGUUUUAGCCAACACUGAGAAGGAGUUCAAGAAUGAUUACAAGAAACUGUCCAUGCAGUGUAAAGACUUUGUAGUGGGGCUCCUGGAUUUGUGCCGAAAUACAGAGGAAGUGGAGGCCGUCUUAAAUGGGGACACUGAAUCAGGUGCUAACUCUGAAAUCUUUGGGAGACAAAACCUCAUCAGAUUAAAACUUGCAGUAAAAUAUGAAGUUAAAAAGUUUGUAGCACAUCCAAACUGCCAACAGCAACUGCGCUCCAUCUGGUAUGAAAAUUUGUCUGGACUACGCCAGCAGACAAUAGCAGUUAAAAUUCUUCUUGUCCUUGGAGUAGCUGUCGGUUUGCCUGUCCUGGCUUUUAUUUACUGGAUAGCACCUUCAAGUAAGUUAGGAAAAAUCAUGCGUGGACCCUUCCUGAAGUUUGUGGCCCAUGCAGCCUCGUUUAUGAUAUUUCUUUGUCUAUUGGUGCUGAACGCAGCAGACCGCUUUGCAGGAACAUCACUUCUGCCUAACAUGACCACCCACGAUUACCCCUCACAACUCUUUCGGAUGAAGACAACCCCCUUCACCUGGAUGGAGAUUCUCAUCAUUUCUUGGGUCAUAGGGAAAAUAUGGGAAGCAUGUAAAGACAUUUGGUCUCAAGACAUCAGAGAAUACAUCUCAGAACCCUGGAACCUGCUUGACUUCAGUAUUUUGGCCAUUUUUAUGACUUCUUUCAUUGCCAGGUUAAUGGCUUUCUGGCAUGCACAUUCUGCCCAGUGUUAUAUUGACAAGCACUAUGGUGACCUGUCCAACAUGACCUUGCCCAUCGAGAUACAAUAUUUCCAGCUGGCAAGAAUCCACUGGAUUCCAUCAGACCCACAGCUUAUUUCUGAAGGCCUCUAUGCAAUUGCUGUAGUGCUGAGUUUUUCUCGAAUUGCAUACAUACUGCCUGCCAAUGAGAGGUUUGGACCUCUGCAGAUUUCUCUGGGAAGAACAAUGAAGGAUAUCUUUAAAUUUAUGGUGAUUUUUAUCACAGUUUUUGUGGCAUUCAUGGUGGGGAUGUUCAAUCUGUAUUCAUACUACCUUGGAGCUAAACACAACAGUGCUUUUACAACGGUUGAAGAAAGUUUUAAAACGCUCUUUUGGGCCAUCUUUGGACUAUCAGAAGUAAAAUCUGUGGUUAUCAACAUCAACCAUAAAUUCAUUGAGAAUAUAGGUUAUGUUCUGUAUGGAAUAUACAACAUCAUCAUGGUGAUUGUCUUGCUGAAUAUGCUCAUAGCAAUGUUUAACAGCUCCUUCCAAGAAAUUGAGGAUGAUGCUGAUGUUGAAUGGAAAUUUGCUCGAGCCAAACUGUGGUUCGCCUACUUUGAGCAUGGUAGCACACUGCCGGUGCCCUUCAACCUCGUACCCAGCCCCAAGUCUAUAGUUUCCCUCUUACUGGGAAUAAAGGAAUUUCUCUGUAAUCUAUCUUCAGGCAAAAACAAAGAAAAUUCAAACGAUGAGCUGGAGCUAAACAAUUUAAGGCAAUAUGAAGGAUUGGACUGGAAGUCUCUUCCUCAGUCUCAUCAUCAAGAAGUAAUGAACUGCCUCAUCAAAAGAUACAUCUUAAAAGCACAAACAGAUAAAGAUAAUGACGAAGUGAAUGAGGGUGAACUGAAGGAGAUUAAACAAGACAUUUCCAGUCUUCGUUAUGAGCUGCUAGAAAGAGGGAAUCAUGACAUGAAGACACUAGCAGAGCUCAUCAGGCAGCUGGAAGAGGUCAUGCAUUUUGAGCAGAAAGAAGAGAAGAAGCCUGAUCCGGAUAUACUCGCUUAGAAAUAUGUAAACAGAGAUGUAGUGAUUACAUAGUGAUUACAUGUAGUGAUUGAUAAAGUA